AUGCUUUGCGGAAUUUCUGGUGAAGCCCCCCAAGAGCCGGUUGUGUCCAAGAAAUCCGGUGUCUUGUACGAGAAGCGACUCAUAGAACAAUUCAUCAGCGAGAACGGAACAGAGCCCACAACUGGCGAGGCUCUCACAGCCGAUGACUUGCUCGCCGUCCGGUCCUCGCGAAUCGUCCGCCCUCGCCCUCCCACCUUGACAUCGAUACCCGCGCUGCUGGCGACUUUCCAGAGCGAAUGGGACAACCUGGCUCUGGAAACCUACAACCUGAAGGAACAACUCGCCCGUACCAGGGAGGAGCUGGCGACGGCUCUCUACCAGCACGACGCCGCCGUUCGUGUCAUUGCGCGUUUGACCAGAGAGAGAGACGAUGCCAGGGACUCGCUCAGCAAGGUUUCCGUCGCUGGCCGCGUAGAUACUGGCGAUUCCAUGGUCGUGGACAGCGUCCAAGGACUACCUGAUGCGCUGGUUGAGCGAGUGGAGGAGGCCCACCAAUCCUUAUCCAAGGGCCGGAAAAAGCGGUCAUUACCCGAGGAUUGGGCGAACUCGGAAGACCUCAUGUCAUUUGGCGUGACGGCCUCGAACCCGCUUCCUGUGCCGCAAGCCACCUCGAUCGACCUCGAGGGCAACUAUGCGGCAUUGGGUGGUCUAAAGGGGGAAGCCGUGAUUUACUCGGUCGAGGCUGAUAAACUGGAGAUGCAGCUAGCCGUAAACGAGGCAGUUACCAACACGCUAUUGUCCGGUUCCAAGCUGUUCUUGGCAACGAGUCAAGGCAGCGUCAAGGUGUACGAAGCUGGAAACGAAGUUGCUUCCCUUUCGGAACAUGCUGGUCCUGUCACGAGCCUCAGUGCUCACCCAACAGCCGGUAUUUUGGGCUCCGUCGGCGCCGACAAGAGCAUUGUGUUUUACGACCUAUCUUGCAUGGCACGAGCCAGCCGCGCUGAUGCAGACGCAGCUCUGACUGCUUGCGCCUUCCACCCCGAUGGUCACCUGUUUGCGGCUGGCGCUGUGACUGGAGAUGUUAAGCUGUUCCUCACGAAGAACCUGGAGCAAGCGGCCGUCUUCCAGUUGGGCGCCCCCAUCCAAGCCCUCACCUUCUCGGAGAACGGCUUCUGGCUGGCUGCCACGGCCAAGGGCCAGACCACGGUUACGAUAUUCGAUUUGCGAAAGGAGGGAGAAGCCGCCACCGCCAAGAUUCUGGAGACGGGAGGAUCUGUGCAGUCCCUGGCGUGGGACUACACCGGCCAGUAUCUGGCGACCGGGGGCGCCUCUGGCGUGACGAUUCAGCAGUACACCAAGUCGAGCAAGAAGUGGAGCGAGCCCUUUAGAAACUCGACGCCCGUUGUCGGGGUCCGAUGGGGAGAGUCUGCGAAAAAGCUGGUUGCCGUCAAUGGCGAGGGAGUGGUGAGCGUUUUCGGCGUCAAGGCCUAG